CGAAGUACCUAAUGUUUGGUUGGAAUUCUACGUGUCGCGUACUGGUCGCGUAUGUGCAUACAUACGCCGCAACAUGGCUGCGCCAUUACUUCCAGAAAGAUAACACGAUGAAUAAAAAUACUCGUGGAACAACGCCAGGUGAUGGCUUACGAUCAUUGCGGAGUACUACAUUAUUCCGUGCCGUUAAUUUCGAGUUAUACGUUAAGCCGAACAAAACCAUCAUGAUUCUUGGUAUCAUAGCAAUGUUAAGUUGUUCUGGAUAUAUAUUUUAUAUGAAUACUAAUGAAAAGAAGAACGAUUAUCAUAUUAUGGUUAAAUCAGACGAAACAGUGGAAUUAGUGAAAAAAGUGUCCAAGUGGACUGAUUAAGUAAGAAAUCCUGAUGAAUAAUAUGAAACAUUACAUUACUUUGUAUAAUCAAAUAAUUUAUUUCAUUACAUUAAUAUUUGUUACAAGGUAUUAGUUUAUUUAGUAACAUUUAGUAUUAGAUAAAUAAAGCAUUAAAUAUU